AUGGAGGCAGUCAGCCGGCUGAAGCAGGAGGUGAAGGACACGGUCGACGGGCAGCGGAUCCUGGAGAAGAAAGGGAGCGCGGCGUUGAAGGACCUCAAACGGCAGCUCCACCUGGAGCGGAAGCGGGCAGACAAACUCCAGGAGCGGCUCCAGGAGAUCUUGACGAAUAGCAAGAGCAGGACAGGGAUCGAGGACCUCGUCCUGGCCGAUAUCAGCUCGCCGAGCCGGGCACAGACGGGUGACAGCAGCAGCAUCUCCUCCUUCAGCUACCGCGAAAUCAUGAAAGAGGGAUCCGGGCCCGGCAGUAAUAAGUCCACCACGGGCAGCCCCCAGUCGCAGUCGCAGCCCCCCCGGCCGGCCGACCUCUCGGACGAAGAGGUCUCCGAGCUCUUCCAGCGCCUGGCGGAAGUCCAGCAGGAGAAGUGGCUGUUGGAGGAGAAGGUGAAACACCUCGAGGUCAGCAGCGCCUCCAUGGCCGAGGACCUGAAGAGCGCCAUCAUCGAGACCUACGUGAUGGACAGUCGCAUAGAUGUGUCCGGAGCCCACGGGCAGGUUGACCGCAGCAGCCUGAGCAGCGUCCUGCGUGACCUGGUGAAGCCGGGAGACGAGAACGUGCGUGAGAUGAACAAGAAGCUUCAGAAUAUGCUGGAGGAGCAGCUGACCAAGAACAUGCACUUACAGAAGGACCUGGAAGUGCUCUCCCAGGAGAUCGUCCGUCUGAGCAAAGAGUGCGUCCCGUCCCCCAACGCCGAGCCCGGCCUGGACAACGUCGUCUGAGCGCAGUUCCGUCCUGUGGAUCCGCCCCUUCGCUUUGCCCUUGACUGCACUUGCCAGUGUGGCGUUCGGGGGCGAAACUGCCACCACCUACUGCCUCCUCCUCCUCCUCGGCUUGAUCUCUCCCAUCCUUUUUCGGUUUGGGGGCCGGGGGCAUCUAUCCCUCUCCAGCUUAGCCGUCUUUCCCUUUCCCCUCCGCCAGCAAACGGUUUCUCCCAGAACUACCUCCCUCCUCCGGCUGCUCGGGUCAGACCUCUUCCCCCGCCCCCGCCCCAAUUUUUCUCCCUUACACAGCCUGGUUCUGUUCUUCCAGGGGAGCCAUAACUGCUGAUCUGCGCCGAGACACACUGGUGGAAGCGGCCUUAUUACUGUAGCGCUCCGUGUGGUCGGGAGGGCAAACUGCGGCCUGGUUCCGCAGGCGAUGGCUUUAAAUGUGCCAAACCGGCGUUCACAGGGGGGGGAACGUUGGACACCUUGGUUUGGCUUAACAAGACCCGUGAGGCAGGGGGAGAGGUUGUCUUGUCAUGGUAAAAGACCCCUCAGAAUAACAUUGUUCCGGGGGCCAGUGAUUAACGGAUAACUUACCCCAUCCUGCCACCUCUCCCUCUGCCUCCACCCUACAAGGAACCUCUCCGAUCCCACAGCACCUCCCUGGGACUCAGUCCAGUUCUCUCCGCUUCUCUCUCUCUCUCUCUUUUUCUACGUCCUUCAUUUUGCAUGCUCGGUCAGUCCCCAAAAAAACCCCUCCCAUCCCGCCUGCGUCCAGCUGUUGCUGCUGUUAAUUAAGAA